AGGAGAUUUUGCAAGAUGAAAAUGUUAGCCCGACUUGCUGUCGGACUCCUCAUGCUUGGUGCUGCUACGACUGCUCCAACCCCGGAGGACAUCAACUAUGACUCCGAAACCUAUGAUGCCACCCUGGAUAACUCCUACAACUACGAAGACAUUGCCAUCGAGCAAGCACAGAUUGAAAGAGUGACAGUGAUGCCUUCAGGGAGUAGGGAGCUCCUCGCUCCGGCUCCACAGGCGGAGGAGACACAGGAGGAGGAGGAGGAAGAGGAAUCCACCCCCAGGCUGAUCGAUGGCUCUUCCCUGCAGGAACCAGAAUUCACAGGGGUUCUGGGCCCCCACACUAAUCAAGACUUUCCAACCUGCCUCCUGUGUACUUGUAUAAGUACCACCGUCUACUGCGAUGACCAUGAACUCGACGCCAUACCUCCAUUGCCCAGGAGCACCGCUUAUUUCUACUCUCGUUUUAACAGAAUUAAAAAGAUCAACAGAAAUGACUUUGCAAGCCUAAAUGAUUUAAAAAGGAUUGAUCUGACAUCAAAUUUAAUAUCUGAGAUUGAUGAAGAUGCAUUCCGAAAGCUGCCUCAACUUCGAGAGCUUAUCCUUCGUGACAACAAAAUCAGGCAGCUCCCAGAGUUGCCAACCACUCUGACAUUUAUUGACAUUAGCAACAAUAGACUUGGGAGGAAAGGGAUCAAGCAAGAAGCAUUUAAAGAUAUGUAUGACCUCCACCAUCUCUACCUCACUGAUAACAACUUGGACCACAUUCCUCUGCCUCUCCCGGAAAACCUUCGUGCCCUUCAUCUUCAGAAUAACAACAUUCUGGAGAUGCAUGAAGAUACUUUCUGCAAUGUUAAAAACUUGACAUAUAUUCGCAAGGCCCUAGAGGAUAUUCGACUGGAUGGAAACCCCAUCAACCUCAGCAAAACUCCACAAGCAUAUAUGUGUCUACCUCGUUUGCCUAUUGGCAGUCUGGUCUAA